AUCAACGAUUUCUUGAAAGAGGAGAGAGAGUUGAGAGAGCUUUCCCUGUUUUGUGAAGGGUUGUGAGUGAGUGUCUGAAAAAAUAAAAAAUAAUAUUUUUCGUAAUACUGCUGAUGCCACUGGUGCUUGCCUCCAAUCAUUUGACUCUAUUUUUUAAUUUUUUUUCCCCCAAUUUUUAAUGUUUUUAUAGUUUCGGAGUUCCUGUUAUUACAAUUUUGGAUUGUGCUGAGGAGCAAUUUUCUUACAUUUUCUCUCUGGUUUCUCGGCGAACGAGAAGGAAGUGGAGGAGUAGAAGAAACAUAUAUCUCUGCUUGUACGAAACUCCCACGCGCACUUACACACAUACUCGCUUUCUCCUCUCUAGAAUUCCAUGAUGAUCAUGACAAAGAGCUCUGAAAUCAGUAUUGCCAGAUAACCCAACUCCAAUGGACUCUCUCUAACUGCUGUUUUUGUCUCUACUCUCUCUCUCUCUAUAAGAAAGUGAUUCAAUGGAGAAACAUUUAGGGGAUAUAAUAUUUGGUCGUUCUGAAGGGGCCUUCAAGAUUCCAUCUGCUAAUAAUCAUCAUGCAUCAAGUGAUACUAGCUUGUUUUUGGGCUCAUUACCUGUCCUUCCACAUGGAAAGUUGAAAUUUCCUGUUUCGGAGCAUUUUGGUCAAUCUGUUGAUGAUAGUUUACCCAAAUUAAACAAUGUUGAACAAGAAAAUGAGACUAAGGAUCCACUUGAAAACGAUGAAUCAAAGGCAUUCAGGGUCAUGCUUCCUGAUGAUGAAGAUGAUCUCUUAGCAGGCAUAACAGAUGAUUUUGAUCUAAUUCGAUUGCCUAAUCAGCUGGAGGAGAUGGAAGAGUAUGAUCUGUUUGGAAGUGGAGGUGGAAUGGAAUUGGAUUUUGAAUCCCAGGAUAGCCUCGGUAUUGGCAUGUCAAAACUAGGCAUAUCUGAUGGGGUUGUUCCAAAUGGGAUUGGUCAUUAUGCUCUUCCAAAUGGUGUUGGAGCUGUGGCUGGGGAGCACCCGUAUGGAGAGCAUCCAUCUAGAACCUUGUUUGUUAGAAAUAUCAACAGUAACGUCGAGGACUCUGAAUUGAGAGCUCUAUUUGAGCAAUUUGGGGAUAUCAGAACUUUAUACACUGCAUGCAAGCACAGGGGCUUCGUGAUGAUAUCUUACUACGACAUCCGAGCCGCUCGCACUGCAAUGCGUGCGUUACAGAACAAGCCCUUGAGACGGAGGAAACUCGACAUUCAUUUUUCUAUUCCCAAGGACAACCCUUCAGAAAAGGAUAUCAACCAAGGAACUCUUGUGGUGUUCAACUUGGAUGCAUCAGUGUCAAAUGAUGACCUUCGACAGAUAUUUGGGGCUUAUGGGGAAGUCAAAGAGAUCCGGGAAACCCCACACAAGAGACACCAUAAAUUCAUAGAGUUUUAUGAUGUUCGAGCUGCAGAAGCAGCUUUAAGGGCAUUAAAUAGGAGUGACAUAGCUGGGAAACGCAUAAAGCUUGAACCCAGCCGCCCUGGUGGAGCACGUAGAAACUUGAUGCAACAACUUACUCAAGAGCUUGAACAAGAUGAAACUUGGAGUUUCCGACAUCAAGUGGGUUCACCUGUGACCAACUCUCCUCCAGGUACCUGGGCGCAUAUUGGAAGCCCCAUUGAGCAUAACCAGUAUGCUUUUAGUAAAUCCCCGGGUCUGGGAAGCCUCAGUCCAGACAGCAACCAUUUGCCUGGGUUAGCUUCAAUUCUCCCAGCUCAUUUGUCUAACUCUCCUAAGAUUGCGCCUAUUGGUAAGGACCAAGGAAGGGCAAACCAUAUAAAUCCGAUGUAUAGCAACUCUCCAUCAACACAAGGAGCAGCGUAUCAGCAUUCUCAUUCCUAUCCAGAGCAGAAAUUAAGUGCAAGUCCAGGUCCCAUCUCAUUGGGCGAGUCAAAUUCAACUUCAUCAGGGAUUGGAACAUUGUCAGGUCCUCAGUUUCUCUGGGGCAGUCCAUCUCCAUCUCCUUAUGCUGACCCUAGUUCUUCUGCCUGGCCAACCUUGUCUGCGGGGCAUCCAUUUUCAUCUAGUGGACAGGGGCAAGGCUUUUCAUCGACCAGCCGGCAUGGCUCUUUUCUCAGUUCACACAACCAUCAUGUGGGAUCUGCUCCAUCCGGUGGUGUUCCUCUAGAGAGGCAUUUUGGCUUUUUCCCAGAGUCACCAGAAACAUCCUUCAUGAAUCCAGUGUUUGGGGGCAUGGGUUUAAGUCGCAACAGUGGGAAUUACAUGAUGAACAUGGGUGGUCGUGCAACUUUGAGUGUUGGUGUUGGUCUUCCAGGAAACGUUACUGAAAAUGGCUCACCUAGUUUCAGAAUGAUGUCAAUGCCAAAGCAUGGUCCUGUGUACCUUGGGAGUGGUUCAUAUACUGGACCGGCAGCAACCAUCAGUGAGAUGUUGGCUGAUCAUGGUAGAAGUCGGCGAAUAGAGAAUCCUGGGAAUCAGAUGGAUAGUAAAAAGCAGUAUCAACUUGAUAUAGAUAAAAUUAUCAGUGGGGAGGAUACUAGGACUACUUUAAUGAUAAAAAACAUCCCGAAUAAGUACACUUCCAAAAUGCUGCUGGCUGCUAUUGAUGAAAACCACUGUGGUACAUACGACUUUCUCUACCUGCCAAUUGACUUUAAGAAUAAGUGCAAUGUGGGUUAUGCCUUCAUCAAUAUGGUGUCUCCUACCCACAUUAUAGCCUUCUAUGAGGCAUUAAAUGGGAAGAAGUGGGAGAAAUUUAACAGUGAAAAAGUUGCUUCAUUGGCAUAUGCACGAAUCCAGGGCAAAGCUGCGCUUGUGACUCAUUUUCAGAAUUCAAGCCUAAUGAAUGAGGACAAGCGUUGCCGGCCAAUUCUCUUCCACUCAGAGGGCCAAGAAACUACUGACCAGGAAAAUUACCUUUCCAGAAAUUUGAACAUAUGUAUCCGGCAGCCAGAUGGCUCUUACUCAGGCGACUCAUUGGACAGCCCAAAGGGGGAUCUGGAUGAGAAGCCAGAGAACAGUUAACAGUUAUUGUUAUUUCUUACUCGCCUGAGCGGGGGGUAGGGCUGCUAACUUGUGCAUAGUUAAGUGUACAGUGUAGAGAAGGAAGUCAAGCUGUGGGGCGUAUAAUAACUAAAUUAUGGCUAGUGUCCGCUUUCGAGUGCUGGAUACCUCUGAUAUUUACUGAGGAACUUAUUGAAGCGAAAGCGGCAGAGAGCAUUUUGUUAAUUUGUAGUUGUGGAAAUUGUUAUUCAACCAAGGAGUCUAAUAAGGUGAAGCAUGUCGCUGAAUUGUGAAGUCGCUCUGCAGCCACAUGCGUUACUCAACCGGUUUGUGCAGAAUCUCUCCUUUCGGUUUUUGCCUCUGUUUUUUUGGGGUAAUCUCCUGACUCUGUUAAAUCCCAUUUGCAAAUAUGAUUUACGUGUUUAUAUGGUGAAAUGCCUUGUUGGGUUUAGGGCUUCAGGAGCUGUGUAAUUUGUAUAGAGGGAGGUCAAACAGAAUCAUCUUGUUCAUAUGUGCUGGUCUUGUUACGUACCCGAAAAUAUUUGUAUCGGAUUAAAUAAAUUCAUGGCUGUACAGAUGUUUAUAUU